CUGCUUCAUGGCAGCCAGUUGUACGUGCUGCUGUUGUCGCCUCGCGAUCAGAAGCCAUUAGGUUAGAACAACAUUGUCAUGCCUCGACUUUGACGUGGAGUUCUCGCGCCGAGCUUGCUCGCGACAUACGGAGACGAAUGAGGAACGGCAGCAAGGAGGCAACCAUGUCGUAUCUACGGGACUGGCGACAGGCGUUGCGCGCACCACUCGUCUACCGGGUGGCGAGUAGCACCUUCCGCAUUCAGAGCCAGUUCCUGAUGCUGAUCCUCCUCAUCGUCAGCGUGCCGGUCCUGUUCUUCACGUAUCAAGUGGUGUGCUCGCCGCCGAACCAGAUCCCAACUCAGUGUCGUUAUUACAAAUAUAACAGGACUUAUCCUACCUCGACGCCCAUCAGGACUUCCAAAGGUAUGACCUACAGGAUAGCGAUAGUAAGCGACCUCGAUCACGAUUCCAAGCUCGCAGACAAAAGGGACACGUGGCAUAGUCUCAUGAAGACUGGCAGUUUUUAUUGGAAUCCUACUAAUAAUUUUCUGUCUGUCAUCUGGGAUGACAGAACUGUCACAUUGUCCUCGUCGCUGUCUAUGAAAGGACGAGGAAUGGAAUUGUCGGAAUUGGUAACGUUUGACGGUCGUCUAUUGUCCUUUGAUGAUCGUACAGGAAUGAUAUAUUUCAUUGAAGGUGAUCAAAUUUAUCCGUGGGUUAUCCUGAUGGAUGGCAAUGGCAAAAAUAACAAAGGAUUUAAGUCCGAAUGGGCAACUAUCAAAGAUGAACAAUUAUAUGUUGGCAGUAUGGGAAAAGAAUGGACCACACCAUCCGGUGAAUUUGAGCAUAAUGAUCCAUUAUGGAUAAAAGUAGUAUCACCACGUGGGGAGACGCAUUCUCUCAAUUGGAUUUCCUACUACAAACGAUUAAGGCAAGCGAUUAACAUCGAAUAUCCAGGUUAUAUGAUACAUGAAUCAGGAGUUUGGAGUGAUAUACAUAAGAGCUGGUUUUUCCUGCCCAGAAGAUGUUCCCAUGAACGUUACAAUGAAACAAGAGAUGAGACAAUGAGCUGUAAUAUCAUGCUGACUGCAGAUGAAAACUUUAUUGAUAUUAAAGUUACUCAUGUUGGAGAUCUAAUUCCAAUCAGAGGUUUUUCCAGUUUCAAAUUUCUUCCCGGUUCACAAGAUUCUAUCAUAGUAGCAUUAAAAACUGAGGAAUAUCAAGGACGUACUGCUACAUAUAUUAUGGCCUUUACAAUAGAAGGAACAGUAAUGAUGCCAGAGACCAAAGUGAUGGACAAAAAAUUUGAAGGACUAGAAUUUAUAUGACAUUCCAUUAAGGAAUAGUCUUCAAUUAUUUAAUAAAAUUGUAAAUAGAUGUACAGAGAAUACAUAACUAAAUUUUUACAACUUGCUGAAAAUUUAAGAAUUAUAGAUGAGCUAAUUGUAAGAUUGUUUCUUUGAGAGAAUAAUCAAUGAAUUGCUAUAUUCAAAACGCCAGGGUACAAAUUUUAUUCUUGCUAGCGAUAAAGAAUAGUAAUAACAUAAAAAUAUGUACACUGGAUAACAGAUGUAAAUAUGUAUGUAUAUAUUAAUCAUUGUAUUUUGAAUCAGUAA